CAGGUGUUUUUCACUGACGAUUCGUUGGCCAAAUAAGAACAAGCUGCAAUCGAUCGUCGCUAUUAAUGACGUCCUCGGGUGCAUCCUGUAGAGGUCCCUGCCAACAACGUGACCAAUUAGAGAGAGAAAGAGAGAGAGAGAAAGAGAGAGAGAGAGAGAGAGACGACACUGCACCAGGCUGACGUCUACGCAUGCGCAAUGACAGAAAGACUUUAUUGCAUUUAUGACUGAUUCACUCCUCACUCAUCCUUUUCCUGUCCUCUGGAUGAUGAUAAUAAAGGAGAGAGGGAGGAUGCUGUGUAGUAGGAGGGAGGAACUGAGAAAGGAAGGAAGGAAGGAAGGAGGCAGGGCACAGCCUUGCUACGUCAUCAGCCAUCAGGACGCCGCCGCCGCUUCCAGUCCUGCGAGGUUGAGAGCGGAGAGAAGAGGCUGACAUUGACUGACUGCGCUCCAAAGAAGAAUUCAAAGGUUUUGGUGUUGGGGCCGGUCGAGCAUCAGCCUUCAGGUCGCAGCGUGUCAGGAGCUCUCCGUGGUGCUGAUUCCAGCAUCCUCCAGGCGGCCGCGUCAAACACUCAUGCACUCGGGCUGCUCCUGAUAUCUCUGAACAGCAAAACCCAACCGGCACCUCCUCCGCAUCCGAGAUGGACGACGACGGACGCUACCGGGACAACCGAUCAGACUUCAUCCGCGGCGCCAAGGACAUCGCCAAGGUGGCCAAGAAGCAGGUGGGCAAGAAGGUGGGGCGCGGCGUGGACAAAAUGGCCGACGAGUACACCCGGCGUUCCUACAAGCGCUUUGAGGAGGAGGACGACGACGACGACUAUGCCGGCGUGCCAAGCAACGACGGCGGGUACUACCGCAACGACAGCCGUGCCAACGACGACGAAGGCCACAGUGACUCCACCGAGGGUCACGACGAGGACGACGAGAUCUACGAGGGCGAGUACCAGGGCAUCCCGCGGGGAGACUCCUCGGGUAAAGCCGGCGGUAUGGACGGGGUGACGGCGGCGCAGGCGCAGCAGUUCCGGGACCUGUCGGCGUACGAGGGCGAACGGCGGAAGGACCAGGAGGAGCUGGCUCAGCAGUACGAGACCAUCCUGCAGGAGUGCGGACACGGGAAGUUCCAGUGGACGCUCUACUUCGUCUUGGGGCUGGCGCUCAUGGCUGACGGCGUGGAGAUCUUCGUGGUCGGCUUUGUGUUGCCCAGCGCCGAGAAGGACAUGUGUCUGUCGGAGCCCAACAAGGGCAUGCUGGGUCUGAUCGUAUACCUGGGAAUGAUGGUGGGGGCCUUCGUGUGGGGCGGCCUGGCAGACCGCAUCGGCCGGCGGCAGACGCUGCUCAUAUCUCUCUCCAUCAACAGCGUCUUCGCCUUCUUCUCGUCCUUCGUCCAGGGUUACAGCUCCUUCCUUUUCUGCCGCCUGGCCUCUGGUGUUGGCAUUGGUGGCUCCAUCCCUAUAGUGUUCUCCUACUAUUCGGAGUUCCUGGCUCAGGAGAAGCGAGGAGAACAUCUCAGCUGGCUCUGCAUGUUCUGGAUGAUUGGUGGCAUCUACGCCUCGGCCAUGGCCUGGGCCAUCAUCCCUCAUUAUGGGUGGAGUUUCCAGAUGGGUUCCGCCUACCAGUUCCACAGCUGGCGCGUCUUUGUGUUGGUGUGCGCCUUCCCCGCAGUGGCGGCCAUCUCGGCCCUAAGCACCAUGCCUGAGAGCCCCCGCUUCUACCUGGAGAACGGGAAGCACGACGAGGCCUGGAUGAUUCUGAAGCAGGUCCAUGACACCAACAUGAGGGCCAAAGGUUACCCAGAGCGGGUUUUCUCUGUGACCACUAUCAAAACUGUGAAGCAGUUGGAUGAGCUGGUCAACCUGGGUGACGGCGCCGCCUGGCACGAGAAAUGGAGAAUAAAGCUUACCUCGCUUUUCCAUCAGGUGUGGAGCAAUUUCCAGACGGUUUUCUCCCCCGAGUACCGUCGCACCACAUACAUGAUGAUGGCCGUAUGGUUCUCUAUGUCCUUCAGCUACUACGGUCUGACGGUGUGGUUCCCCGACAUGAUCAAGUAUCUUCAGAAGCAGGAGUAUUCAUCACGUACCAAAGUCUUUGUCAAGGAGAAAGUGGAACAUGUCACCUUCAACUUCACCCUGGAGAACCAGGUUCACCGCCAGGGACAGUACUUCAAUGACAAGUUCAUGAACCUGAAAAUGAAAUCGAUGGUGUUUGAGGACUCGUUGUUUGAGGAGUGUUACUUUGAGGACAUCACCUCCAGCAACACCUUCUUUAAGAACUGCACCUUCAUCGCCACCCUCUUUUACAACACAGAUCUGUUUAAGUACAGACUCAUCAACAGCAAGCUGAUCAACAGCACCUUCCUGCACAACAAAGAGGGCUGCCUGCUGAGUGACAUCAGCGAUGAGAACAACGCCUACAUGGUGUACUUUGUCAGUUUCCUGGGCACCUUGGCUGUGUUGCCUGGCAACAUCGUCUCGGCGCUGCUCAUGGACAAGAUUGGACGACUCAGGAUGCUGGCGGGAUCCAGCGUGAUUUCAUGCGUCAGCUGUUUCUUCCUGUCCUUCGGCAACAGUGAGUCGGCUAUGAUCGCGCUGCUCUGCCUGUUCGGAGGCAUCAGCAUCGCCUCCUGGAAUGCCCUGGAUGUGCUGACUGUGGAGCUGUACCCGUCUGACAAGAGAACCACUGCAUUCGGCUUUCUCAACGCGCUGUGCAAGCUCGCCGCCGUGCUUGGCAUCAGCAUUUUCACCUCCUUCGUGGGCAUCACCAAGGCCGUGCCCAUACUCUUCGCCUCGGGGGCACUGGCCGCCGGCAGCUUCCUGGCACUCAAACUACCGGAAACGCGGGGUCAGGUGCUGCAAUAACCUCAGAGUACUGCGAUACUACUCGAUGGGGCGGAGAUGAGGUGCGUGGAGUUGGGGCUGGCGAGUGUUUUGGAACAACAGCUUAAGAGUCCCCUGAAUUCCGCCUUCAUAACCCCUUUAUUCAUUUAGCAUUGAUGAUUACUUCAGAAAUGGUUCAUUUCUAUUGUCCAUUGAAAGCACAACCACGGUAUUGUACAUCCCCGAACCAUCCCCUACAGUUGUGUUGGAGAGUGUUAUGCAUGUGUAAGUUUAUGUAUGUAUGUAAAUGUACCAACAUUUUGGAACCUUUUUCUUGGUUUUAUUGCAGACGGCACAUUUAUUCCAUGCUUCUGCCAACAGAACAUGUUAACGUUUGGAGCAGGAUAAUCAAGACGAUAUACAAAUUCAUGCAAAGGCCUCAACUCUUUGGGCCCUUUUCCACUGCACGGUACUGGCUCGGCUCUACUUGAACGCGUGAGUGCGAGGAGACACGCUAACAAUGGAGGAGUGUCCUGUCAUAAUGAGGGUUUGAGAAGGGGUGACUGCUGCCGAGGGCCCCGAUUUGAUCAUUUUUGUGUUAGGAGAGCAUCCAGCGGCGGUUUACGAUGCCAAUAUAAAAACCUGCGAGUAGAGCCGUGCUGAGUACCGUUUAAUGGAAAUGUUUAUUACUGAAAUGUUUAUUAUUUUGGGUGGUAGUAGUGCAGGCUGUUGUAAAAUAUGUAAGCGAUGACAGAGACACAAAUAUAUACAGUAAUAAUAAUAAUAAUAAUAAUGAUCUGUGUGAACUGAAUGUUGAUGUAAAUGUCAGCGUGCUUGUAGUGCAAUAUUGAACCCCCUGUGCAAUAUUAUCCACUUUUAGCCAUUUUCGUCUUCAGUCUGUUUUGGUCUCUCAUCUAAAACCCAAACUUUGGGUUUUUAACAAUAAAGAGCGGCUGCCAUUUUUGAGGGAUCAUUAUGUGUACAUGUAGCUGGACACAACAGGAGACUCACUGCCAAGGGCUGACAGUAAUAGCACAGGGUAGGUCAAAUGGGAAAAACAAACAAACAAAAAAAAGACAACUGCAUUGUCUCUGAAUGAGCCGGCAAGCGUCAUUGUCAAUGUUCAUACCUGAAAAAAACAAUCAUCCCAAUGUCAGACAAAAAAAAACUAUGUCUUUAAGUCCAAACUGCCAUUUUAUAGGAUAGCAGCCAUAGGUAGUAUCGACAAAGUAACGAGGCAGCCCAUUGCACUAAAUGUACGCGUGUACAUGCACAGCUAAUGAAUGCCUAGACGGGUAUGGAUGCGGCCUUGCCUGGCGUUUUAAGGGGGGGAAAAAAGUGCACAAACUCUACCAAAAUAUUUUGAAACAUUGGACCUUUCCAUUCUUGUGAAACAGCUCUUUCAGGAUAAUGACUUGCCGGUUACAAAUUUUGGACCCCCCCCCACCACCUCCGAAAUCCAUGUUUCUAUGCGUGUGCCAUGCCUCCUUGCGUUAAUUCUUGCCAAAUAUUUUAUACGGCCUGAGUUUACACAUGACGCACCAUCGCAUCUCUGUUAUAGAUAUGAAAAUAUGUAAAUACAAAAAAUAGUAACAAUAGAGUAAUAAUAAUAAAGAUAAAGAUAUAGCGCUUCAUACCUUUUUAGUGCCCGUUGUCAGUCUUUUUAGGUUCAGAGUCAUGUGACCUCUGACAAAUAGGAAGUGGAUGUCAAGAGGUUGUUUGGUCUUUAAAAAAAAAAACAAAAAAGCACAUUUAAAGUGUACAAUGGAAGGCAAGGCUGUUUGUUGUCCUGUGUCACUUACAACAAGGUAACUGUCGUUAAUACUAAAUGCUGUUUGAAAAAAAAAAAAACAACAACAAAAAACGCAAACACUUGUCUGAGGGACUCAGAUCGUCUCUGGUAGAUGCAGCAUAUCCCAACUUAUGUUACAGGGUUUGUUUUGUACAAUUCACCGGUUGCCGUGGCAUCUGUCAAUCACGAAAGCAAAAACGCUAACAAAGCAAUAAGUUGUUGGGUGUUUUCUUGUUUUCCUUUGAGGCUUUUUUUUUUUUUUGAAAGACGUGAUAAAUACAUUAAGAUGGCCUUGCCCUCUUAAAGGAUAACAUCUAAAUGUCUCAAGGCUUCUGUCAAUAAUUGCAUUGCCAUGAAUUCAAUGUAACAAAAGAAUUGCUCACCUUUGUCAGUGUACCGUGCUGUAGAAUGUGUAGUCCAUUGUAAGCAUAGAAACUGUGUGUGGAAUCAUUAAAUAUUAAAGAAAAACACCAAGAUGUGUAAAUUCUGUAUGUUGUCUUCUGAUUGUGUGUAUUUUAUAUUAAAAAAUAAGGAUGAACUAAAUUAAGUAAACACUGUACACCAAUGUUAAAUGAUAGUUAAGAAACAAUUAGCCCAAAGUGCGACUUUCUGUUUAAAGAGGUGUGUCAUAUUUUUCUUAGCUUUAUUUUCUUUGGCUUUUUAACCAGGUUUGCACUUGUGGCGCAAUCAACCCUUUAGCAUCACAAUGAAAGAACACAAAAAUAAAACUUACCAUGAAA